AUGCGUAUUAGUACUGCUGUCGUUUUUACAUUAGCUUAUGCUGUUUCAUUAGUAGCUGGUCAUCCUACUCUAAAUGAAAAUAAUAAUGCACAAGUUGAUAUUUAUACUCAUUGUAACAGACCUGGUGUCUUUGCUUUAACUUUUGAUGAUGGUCCUUCUAAAUACUCUUGGGGAUUAUCAAAGUCAUUAAAAGAACAAGGCAUUAAAGCUACUUUCUUCAUUAAUGGCAAAAACUCUGUUGAUGUUCUUAAAGACAGUACAUUAACUGAUGAAGGAGAAAAGACUUAUUUAGAAGUAAUCAAAUCCUAUUAUGAUUCAGGUCAUGAAAUUGCUAGUCAUACUUUAAAUCAUCAAAACUUGGUUGGACUCUCAGAAGAAGAAAUAAAAUUACAAAUGAAUACUCAGUCUGAUAUUAUCUACCAAGCUAUUGGCAAAAGACCCGCACUGAUGAGACCUCCUGAAGGUGUUAUAGAUGACGUUUCUAGUAAAGUUUUGAAAGAACUUGGCUAUAAUGAUAUCAUGUGGGAUAUUGAUACAAAAGACUGGGAACAUAAUGGAUUAAAUGCUGAACAAGAACGAGUUCGAAAAGUGAUGGAGAAUGAUGUCGCAAACACUUCUAUGGGACAUAUUUGUCUCGAGCAUGAUAUUCAUGAGGAUACUGUUCAACAUCUUGUGCCAUGGCUUAUUACAUAUGUCAAAGAAAAGGGUUAUGAAUUCGUCACUGUAUCUAAUUGCAUUGGUGUUAAACCUUAUCAUGAAGUUGAAUCUUUUGAGGCAAAUAACUCAACAUUGACGUCUACUCCUACAAUAACAUCACCAAUUAAUAAGCUUAUUUAA